UGGGGCUAAGUCCGGACUUCUCAUCAGCUCUAGGAAGCUAGUGGCAGAAAUAACUCUUCAUUCACCUGCCAACAUCUUUGAAGCUCUUCUUCACCACUGGGAUAAAGAAAUCAUCUAAAAAGCUCCAUAAUGUCAAAUUCUUCAGACUGUGAACAACAUCCAGAAGACACAGAGCAGACAGAGACCAUCCCUAUUGCGGACCUGGAACCAUCUCUUGCCCUCCCCCCUCCUCCUCCUGAGGAUGAAUGGCGCCCAAUUCCUGAACACACCAACGUGGAUGCUUCUCGUUUUCCCUUUUCUCUGUAUGGAAUAAUUCCUGUGAUCCUGGGAAUCUUCAGCCUGCUGCUUUUGAUGUUAUGUGGAUUCUUUGGUUAUCAGUACUUUCAAAGUGUUCAGGAAUCACAGAGUAAGAUGAAGAGCUUUAACCAAUGGAAUGAGUCUUUCCAAAACAAAGAUGAAAACUUUCUUCAGGUCCAGAAAGCUCUUGACCAAAAUAAAGAAAUCCUAGAGUGGAUCCUAAACCAGAAUGAGUAUCUCACCGAGGCUUUACGAGAACUAAAUGCCAAACAAGGAGACAGGUGUGGACCUUCCCUGAGUCACUGGGUACAAUACAGAAACCACUGCUACCACCAAACUCUGAAAAUGGUUUCUUGGGCAGAGUGUUCUGAUCUUUGUGUCUCUUUGAAUGCAACAUUCUUAAAUAUGGAAAGGCAUAGAUUGAUGAACAUCAUGAGGCAACUUGCAGUAAAUCACACUUGGCUUGGCCUAUCUUAUCACGAAGAGGACAAUCAAUGGAAGUGGAAGGAUGGCUCCCUUCCUUCUCUUGGCCUGAGUCUACCAGAGCCAAGCACGGAUUUCCAGGGGAAAUGUGUGUAUGCAAAUAUGCACAGUGUUGGUACUGAUAACUGUACCACAUCCUUUUCCUGCAUGUGUGAGAAGCCUGUCUGCUAAAAACUCAGAAGAAGAAGGUCGAAAGAAAAGCUAAGAAGUUUGCACAUCCCAACAACAUUCCAGAUUUGUGAUCUGACCACCUUUAUUCCAUUAUCGAUUCACGUUAUUCAAACGCUUUUUGGAGCAGAAAUGGAUAAAUGCCUUUGUGAUAAAAGAAGACAAGGUCUAGAGUUAAAGAACUGUAAG